AGGGAAAAGGAAAAAAAACCACACGUAUAUAUAACUCGCGUCUUGGAUCAAUUAUAAACCUGUCGGGUGGUAUAGCGACAACGGCAACAAACAAGCUUUUCAUUUUCGUAAAACGUUCGGUCCGUCUUUUUUGCGCGACAGCUUUGCAAAGCGUAAAGUCGACCGUUUACUUAUCUACUUCUACCGUAUUCGACAUGUGCGAGGUGCGAAACCGGGUUAAGGUUAAGUCGUGUGUGAGAGACGGGUAACCAUGUAACAGUUGUAUACUGGUGUCAGUUGUCGGUGCGAGUUAUUGACGCAAGAGUCGUAGUUUUCUGAUCGGUUCACGGGGAGACUUGCAUGAGUGUGCGAGAGACGCGAUGCACGCACAUGUAAAUAUAUAGGAGGGAUCGCGUCACGCACACACCGUCUAACCGCAACCGUUCGAUAAAAUGUAAAAUGCACGAAACAUAGGUGGAUCGAUCCCACCAAAGGCCGGAAAGUGCGCGUACUAGUUCUGACUAUACGUGGAAUUUUUUUUUUUUUUUUUCUUGUAUUCUUUAAAAAAGGACAUACACAAAGUCUCGGUAGGUGUUCGAACGAAUUUUUGGGAUCGGGUCAGGUCAGGUUUUGUAUCGAUUAGUUUCGGCUACGUCAGGAUGAAAAAUUGUUUUUUUAACACUCUACCUUAUUUUUACGACUCAUAGACGGUCUCUAGAUUCUCUAGUAUGUUUUACUCAAUAUACUACGUGUAGUUCUUUGAGUCGAUCACAAAUUUAUUGUCCCAUGUCACAAUGAUGUUUCAAAAACCUAACAAUGAUGAUUCAUUUAAAUACGUCCGAGCAUAUUUGAGCUGUUAGUCAAUGUAGUUUUGGCACGUGUAAAGCAUUAGAUCCCACGUUAAGUUACUGAAAUUAAGGCUCCAUUGAGCACGAUUAGCACGACUUAGUUUCUCCGGUGUUACUCCUAAUUAACAUACGAGAUAAUUGGUGCAAAAUGAGGCUUAACGUAUCAUCUGGUAUCAUGGCUCGUGUUAUUCAAUUUGUAAAAGAGCGUCAUCUUCGAUUCGUUUUGCCGAACUGUAGCUACAUAUAUCGCACGAAACUUGGACUUUUGAACAAAGCGAGCACUCGGCGCGUAUUUUACGACAAUGUAGAAAUUUGUUAUCGGCUCAUUACGUUAUCGUUCGGUAAUUACCGCGGAGACGAACAGCAAUACUUAAUAUGUUGCACUUUAUUGGGUGUAAUAUAGACCUCUUGAGGAGGAUCGUAAUACAAGUCACGUCCUUGGAUGUCACUUCGCGUACGUAUGUAAAUUGGAAUUAAUUUCGCGGCCGCGUCGUUGCGUUGGUUUAUGUGUACGUGCACACGCGGAGUCAGUGGAUUGAUGAUGUAUUUCUUUCUCUCUCUCUUCAUUGCGCACAACAUACGUUUGUACGGAACGACAUGAUUUUGCAGAGUAUCUCGUCGUCACGUGUUUAUAUACCUACUCGGCGUUUGAUCGCGCAAUGAUAACGUUUCAAAAAUAAGACACUUUAUCUUUACGAUUUCGAUGCCGGCGCACUGGGCAAACGGGAUUGCACAAGAACGAUUGUAGAUGCUUUCUAGAAUUAUCUUUUUUCUUCAUUAGUGUGCACACACACGUACACAUAUAUAUACAUACAUUUAUUGCUUUAUAUUGGGUACCUCACAGCGCGAUACGUUAGUCAAACAAAAUUCGUUAAUUAAGAGAGACGCUCUUGUGAUAUUAACACGUAGUUAUCUUUCGAUAGCCGACAUGGAUGAGACUGCAAUGUCUUUGGAAGAGUCCAGAAGAUCGCAGCGUCCGUAUAGGUACGGAAUGGUCCUGCUAUGCGUCGGGGCUCUCAUAAACUGGUUGGGUCUAGCCGAGAAUUACGUUGAACCAGUGCGUUAUGUCGGUGUCGCUUGCAUAGUCGCCGGAGCUUUGCUCAUUUGCGCCGCGAUGUGUUGUUGGCUACACGCACCGCCAACUAGAACGAGCACGCACACGCAACAUGCGAAUCAUCCGAUCACAGCGCAGAUCGAUGAUCCGAUACACGUGAUCUCCAUCGAUGAGCCGUCAGGCGUGUCGAGACAAAAGCCGCCGGAUUAUGAAGCGGUGACAGACGCACCACCAAGUUACGAUGAUGCCAUCAAGCUAAAUCCUAGUCAAUUAGUUAGGUUGAAUGGUAGCACACCAUCGUUAUCCUCAGGACAAAUUAUUCCCACAACCAUCAGCAUCGUUUCUCCUACGCUCACGCCACCACCGCCGUACGCAAGGUGAGACUUUGACAUCGGGGAGGGAGAGACCAAUGAAUCCGGGAUGAAUAUGAGAUUUGCACGCGCAACGUGUUGGAGGAUUGAUAUAUUGCCGUCAGUCGCAAAGAACGAUCGCGUCGCAAACUGCAAACAAUAUGACAAUUGCCGUUGUUUGCCGUCGUCGUUCGAACAUGUAUGCGCAGCUGUACAAAAUGUAUAAUCUUGUCAGAGGAAUUAAAUCAUUCAUUUAGAGUUCGCUCACGAUAUUUUUGCAAUUAUAAAAAUCAAAAAAACAAAAAAAAACAAAAAAACAAAAAAAAAUGCGUAGUAUCUCUCGUGCGUGUUAUUUAUCAAUCUCAGAACGGUUAAUUAAUCUCUUUUAUAACCGUGUAAAUGUUUCUGCGCUAUGACAGAGAGAAACAGAAAA